CCGAGGUCGUAUCCUGGGCAUGGUGUACACAAACUAGUUUUGAAGAACAGGUGAUUGAUUACAAAAUUCAAAUAGAUUUUCAGUUUUAACUCGUUGUGACGUAUUUAUUCACAAUGGCAGAUUCAGAAGAUCAACCUGUAUUAUUGACAGAAGGAAGCAUUGCCCAAGAGGAUUCUGAGAAAGAUUCAGGGGACCAAGAUGUCAAAUCCGCGAAUGAAACUGAGCCGCCGAACGAUGGUGACAGAAGCGGGGACAUCGUCGAUGAGCCCGCCGAAACUCCUCCGACGAUAAGCGAGGAUGCACGUCCUUCAACAGCACCAGAAGCCGGCCUUUCAGCUAGCACUCUUCAAGAAGUUGAACGUUCUGUAUUGAAAGCUGUAUCAGAAACACCGUUGCCAGAUAGUUUAAAUGAUAGAGAAGAAGGUGAAGAUUUUAAUGAAGCAAUACAGCAAGACACCCUGAGCGAUAGAUUAGAUCAACUUCCGUGUGAUUUAGGAGAUGAUAUUGAAUACAUUGCCCCACCAGAAGAUCCAUACAUGAGAGCAGUAAACUACAUGGAGAAACAUAAAGUUAUGCAGAUGUUUCAGAAACUGACAGCUGAAAUUGUGUACCACAGACCCUCUGAUCCACUCAACCACAUGCUGUCUGAAUUGCAGAAAAUGAAGAGAGAGAGAGAUGCUCAGCUUGAAGCUGUCAUAUCAGCAGCAUCUAGUCAUUCACCAUCAGUCUGACUUUACCUCCAGAAUCAUCUUGCCUCGAUAGAAGAGUUAGAUCAUGAAAUGCUGAUAUUUGAAGGAAAAUGCUGUACUUCUGAUAUCAUGGAGAUUAACUUUGGAGAGUUUCAUUAUAUGAAAGCCCUUACAACUUGGCUGGCAACCAUUCAGUUUAUUGCUUUUGGCAUAUGCCAAGACAAAUAAAUUAAAAUGCUGUAAUUGUCCGUUUCAUUGCAAAUGAUUAAAAAAAAUCAGUGUCUUGUUUUAACUUAAUCAUUCUCAAGAUGAGGGAAAAACUGAAAUAAUGUAUUAAAAUAAUUUCCUCUUCAUUAUAGAAAUGACAUUAAAAAACAGUGGGGCAGUGUCUAUUGUACACUUCAAAAGCAUCAAAGCCAUUAUGGCUAAAGAUUCAAAUCUCAGUUGUGCAUACAUGUGUUUAAUUAAUGGCAGUUCUGUUGGCCCAAUGCUGUAUGAAUUGAUAGGGAUUGCACACCGGGGAGGGUCAUAGUUACCACACAAAGGCUGCUCGGUUCAGACAUACCAUACAAAAAUUAUUGUACAUGUAGAUGGUAAUAUUCAGUUUGCUAGAGAUUGUAGAGAAUAGUUUUAAAAUCAGUUUCAAUUCACUGAAUGAAGAGGAAGUUGCAUGUAAAACAGUAUUGUUUUUGAAUGAUGUGCAGUCUACAUACCUUCUAAAAUUUGUUAGUUCUUAUAUAUGUUAGGUGGUCUUUUUAAUAUUACCAGUGUGUGAAAAUAUGCAUAGAUUUGGAUAAAUUAUUAUCAGCAGAUUGCUUAAGCUUAGUGGAUGCAAAUUGUGAAAAUUUAUGCUUAAGCAUAAACAACCCCCAAAAUAGCCAGUAUACAAUACUCCUAUUAUGGAGUGAAAAAUGGUGCUAUGUAAACAAGCAAAUAAAAUCAGAUGAAAUGAUUAAAAAAAAGAAUUAUGGCAUUAGUAUAGUACAAUAGUUAUGAACAGAUACAUACAUAAACAUGAUGUAGUGAGCGAUUGUAUAAGCGACAAACAUCGUAUACUGAACUUGCGCAUUUACGCUGAGGAGAAAAAAACGUCCUUGUUUUUUCUAAAAAUAUGAAAAUAUUGUCAAAAUAGCUAAUGGUUUAUUUUCUUUGCAUUGUAGAACUUUUGUUAUUUUGUUUUAAUUGUACAACUUUUAACAUAGAAAACACACAUGUGGUAAUGCAAUACAAUUUUUAAGUCAUUAAAAUUUUGCAUACUAGUAUGGGAAGAGGGGUGAAAUUAGAAAGUGAUAGUCUACAGAGACACUUGACAUUGGCAAAAAUUUACAAUCUUUAUUUUCUGGAGAUAAAUGAACGUGUAUGUGUGGAAUCAUGCAGGAAUUUUGAUGAAUUUUAAGAAAUAUUGUAACAUGUUACAUGUAAUUUAUAUUUGACAUGAUUGAAUUAAUUGAGUGUUAGGCAAUAUCAUGCACUUCCAUACAUUCAACAUGUAGUUUAACGCUAGUAAAAAUAUAGAUUGAAAACUAUCCUCUUUUGACAGAUACAUUUCUCAUGUUUCAUCUUCAUGUAGGAGAAGGUAUCUAUCUACACACCUUUAACAGCCAAUUCAUUUUGAAUGAAAAGAAAACAAUCGUAUAUGAGGAGCCAAUGAUAUCUCAGACUCACACCAACUAUUUCUGAACCCAAAGAACAUUUGAAAUCACAUUUAUACAUGUAUAUGAUAUACAGAUGUAUUUUAUAUACAAAAGAAGUAGUGUGACACCAUAGACUCUCUUGUUUGCAUACAUGUAUAUCUACACAUUGUGUACAUGUAAAUGACUGUUUUGCGAAGAAAAGAAAGGUUUGAAAUAUGAUAAAUUACUUAAAUAAUCCUUACUGACAUUCCCCAUUGUUGAUCAUGUAAUCUACAGAUUUAUUCAAAUUAACUUGCAGUUCAGAUGGACUCAUGCUUCAAAGUGAAGAAGUUACAAUGUAUGAAAACAAAAUCUCUCAAGUCACAAUUAAAGAAAUAGCUAGUACCAAAGAUCAUGUACAUGUUGCUUGUUCAUGCUAUAUUGUAUGUUAUUAUAUUUGCAUGUUAUAUUCUAUAUAUGUGUUUUCUCAUGAAUCAUUGAUUACAUAGUGACAUCAAUAUGAGUGUUAUUCUGCUGUAACAAUAACUUAUAUUACAUGUAGAUUGUAACGGUAUAACAGGCGUCUGUAAAGUGUAGAUUGUGACAUUUUGGUAAGUAAUGUUAAGUGCAACAACACAUUCAGCAGGAGUCUGGCCGUGUUUUACUCUGAUUCUUGGACAGAUCACUGAAAUACAUCUGUAGCUGGACUAUGUUAAUGUAAAUUAUAUAACUAAAAGCGGUUACACUUCGUAAUUCCGAAACACAUAAAUUGCCUAUAC